AUGAAGAUCAAGGAAGUGGUGGAGGAAGUGGCAGCUGGGAAGGUGGACGUGCUGUUUGAGAGCAGUCUACGAGAGAUGGAUGCAGGAGAGAAGACAAGGAGGAUUCAGGUCUGCUACGAAAGACGGACGUAUUGGAUCGAAUAUGUUGAUGAAAUGGGAAAAAGGGUAGUGAAGAGAAUAAGCAGAUCAAGGGAGUCAUUGGGGAAGAUGUACGUUGUGAAUAGGCUGAAUAGUUUCAUGGAUCCAGGUGUACCAGAAAGAAGUGAUAAGUUGGAUUAUACGGUAGAAUUGACUAGGGAGAAACUGCUCUAUUCUGGUGAAAUGGGUGAAAUGGAAGAAAUGGGAGAGAAAGAGGGUAGGAGACUGAAGGAGUGGAUUGAGAGUGGAGGAGAGAGAGACGAGAGGAUUGUGGUGGAGGAAGAGGUGGAAAGAGAGCAGCUUGAGAUGAGUGUGGUGGAGAAGGUGGUUGAUGGACCAGAAGUGGGGUUGACUAAAUUCUACUACGAGCAGAGUUGGAUAAGCAACGAGGACAAUCUGAGUGCAUUUGAUAGGAUAUUCAGCAGUCUAUGGAAGCAGUACUCAAAGUGGUGA